CAAAAUAAUUUUUCAGAACAAGUUUCUAAAUUAAUAUACCUUACAACAAUUACAAAUAGAACAUUUUGUGAAAACAAUAUAAACUAUUGUGUAUAAAUCUCCAUAAUGGAGGAUCUUUACAGUAAUUUAGAUAAUUACGAUGACGUUAAUGCCGUUGAUGAGCUCAAAAAUGAAAAUAGGGAGCUAAAAUUGAAACUUGAAGAAUGUUCCAAAACGAUGAAUCAACUUCAAAAAUUUAUUUUGCAGGAUUUUGACAAGCUUAACAGUGAAUAUAAGAAGUUGGAAAUAAACUAUUCUUCACUUUUGAAAACUGCCAGGGCAGAAAUUGAGAGAAAAACUCAAUUGAUAACUAAUUUGAACAAAGAGAAAGAUAUGAUUGUUAUAAAAGCUAUGCAGGGUGGUUGCAGAAGUAUAUUAAAAAAUUUGAAUAAACCUGCUCAUAAUUUUAAUAAAAAUGAUGUUAAACCAAAAUGUGAAGAAAAUAAAGAUAUUUUAGAUAAAAAUAGAGCAAGUCUUUCUGGUGGUUCCAGAGAGGGUUCAAGGGAAUCGCCUAUGCUUCUGAUGAAAGAUAACUCAAUUGCACCUUCUACAAAUAGAUCAUCAUCAUCUGAACAUAAUCUAAGGCAGUUAGAUGAUGGUUACAAGAAAGAAAAUAUGCUAAAGAGUACCCAAAACCAAAAACAUAAUAUUGACAAACCAAAAUCAAUGAAAAUCUCAGACAGGAGAAAGUCUAUGCCAGUUUUCAGUAACGGAGAAGAACCUACAUCUGAAGAAGAUAUUGCAAAAGAUGACUGCACAAAUACAAGAGAGCGUUACAAAUAUCAAGACUAUGACAAUGAUAGUCACAAUUUACAGUAUAUGGGCUCCAAAGGAGGACAAAGAACUAGCCGGUUUGAACAAUAUAGCCGUGAACCAACACAAAUGUACAACAGAGGAAAAGACAGAUACAACCCACACUUUGAUAAAUACAAAUCAUAUAACCAAAAUUACGAUAAUUAUAGUCCCGAAAGAGGCAGACAGUGGCAACAGAGAGGAAAUGACUACUCGCACAGAUCAGAGCAUUAUAGACAACGAGAAUUAGGAAGUCCUCCUAGAAACAAAUAUGGGCGCAGCAAAAGUAGAGACAGGAGACACAGAGAUAAUAAUAGAUGGGAUAGGUAUGAAGAGAACUAUGAUGCUGGUAAUAUUAGAGAACCAGAUCUUAAACGUAGAAGAAUGGAUUCUGGUAAUUCAGAAUGGGAAAGACGUGACCAAGCAGUGGAGAGAAUGAGCUACAGGCCUUCUGAGUACAGACCAGAUGUUGCAAGUGGGGAUCAUGGCUCAUGUCAGUCACCUGACUAUGAUCAAAUUGAAUCCAAUUUGAACCAUCAUUCCAUAAAAGAAAUAAAGAACACUGCUACUGUUCAGCUGGAGGAUCCCAGAAUAAACAGUAACAAAUAUUCGCUGAAGGAGUCAGAACGGGGUGUAUACAUUGCUACAGUUGACAAAAAUGUUGAUAUAAUACCGGUAGAUAAAACUCUAUGGGGUUUCGAAAAGGUAGAAGUUCCAGAGGCGUUAAAAACUAAUGUUUGGAAAGAACCUGCUAGUGAGGAUAUUGUAAACUACAUUUACACAGAUAUUGAUGAUCCAGCUAUUAUCUCAUCUACAAAAUGUAGUAAAGACGAGGACAUUGCUAUACCUGAAACUUUACGCAAUCCCGGUGGUCAGAACGUAUGUCGUAAAGAACAUAGUACUUCAGAUAUAACUGAACAAAAGUCUCAGAAAACAAAUGUUACUGCGUUUAAAAGCAUACCUAAUGACUAUAAAAUACCAAAGAAAUCAACGACUGAUAAGAAAUCUAUUACUUCAGUACAAGAAAAACUUAUUAAAAAGGAUUACAAUUAUAGCAACAAAAAUGUUAUACUUAGUAAGGAUAGCCACGUUUCCAAAAAAGAAGUCUUUGAAGACAAAAAUAAAUUAAAGACCCAACCCAAGCUGGCCCCAGUUCAACAUAAUGUAGAAGGGGACUUGGAAUUAAGCGACGAAGCUAGUGAUGAUGAAUUGCAAAUCACUUGUAAGCAAAACGAUAAGUUAACACUCGUAUCAGAUAACGAAAAUGAUCGAGACGAUGGUAGCCGAGAAAAAGACAUAAAACAAAAUGAUAAACCACAAAUAAAGGAUAUUAUGACAAUCACGGAAGAUAACAAUGGUCUCACCCGCAAAAAAAACUCUAAGGACCAUAUAUCAGGAAACACAGAGCCUAUUAAAGCUAGCAUUGAAAAUAAUGAAAAAAUACAAGUACACGCGGACAAGAAAAAGCUAUGUCACGAAGAAGCUUCUAAUAAAAAAUUAGAAAGUUGUAAAAAGAAAACAUCAAAAAAGAAACAUGAUGGAAAAACACCUGAGAAUAAGGAUGUAAAGAUUAUUGAAAAAACUAAUCAAAGUCCUGAAAUAGAAGCAAAAGAAAAAAAGAAAAGAGAAAAGCGGAAAAGGUUAUCGUCAAAGGAGACAGUGCAAGAAAAGCAAGAAAGUAAAGUUGCUCACACAAAUACAGGAGACGAUGACGAUAAACCCACGGGUUCCAAACCCCACAAUAAAUUUACUGAGUUAUUUGGCGACAGUAGUAGCUUAAUAACACCCGAAGACUUAAAUCUCCCUACAAAAUUUGAAAUAAAUGUUGAACGCAAUGAUAAUAAUUAUGCGUCGUUAUUUGAAAAUACUCAAGACGCGAUUGAUAUAAAUGUUAGAGAAAUUAAAGAGGUGUCUAAAACUGGUAAUAGUAAUAAAGAAGUAUUAGCAAAUGUUGAAGCUCUUGAAAUUGAAGAAGAUCCACAAAAAACACUCAAUAAGAAAUCUUUGUUCGAAAUCAACGACGACCAUCCCGUUGCAAACAUGUUUGAGAAUUUAAAACCCGCAAACAUUGAUGAUGAAUUGGGUAUAGUUAAAACUGUUGUUAUAUCUACUGGUACACAACCAUGCAUUAAAGAAAAUAAUAAAAAACAGAGAAACACUACAGAAGAUGAACCAAAUAAUAUUAAAACUGUUGUUAUACCAACCACACAUACUGGCAUACGACCGUGUAUGGACGAAAAGAAUACAAAUCAGACGAACUUAACAGUAGUUGACAGUAACCAAGCUAAAGAAACUGAAGAAGUUGUGAAGCAACAACCACUAGCAAUUCCUAAGUUUGAUUCUUUACAACUAAAGGCUGUAGCGACUUCAACGCCGAAUAAAAUGCAACAUGAUUUACCUGUAGCAACUACUUCUGUUCCAAAUGAUGAUAACCUAAAUAAUGAUAGUAAUAUAUCUUACAGUGCUAGCCUGGCGACUACCAAUGUGGAAGCUAACAGUGAUGCCCCAGAUGUAAGAAUAUUCAUAAAGCGAAGAAGAAAGAUUAAGAAAGUAUAGAUUUCUUUAGCUAUAACAUACUGUUGUACAGAUUAU